CCGCUGUCCGCCGCCAUGGCUCCCGGUGCGGCCUGUAGCGUCUCGGUGCUCCCGGAGCCGGGCCCGGGCCUGGCGCGGUUCGUGGCCGAGCGGGCGGCGGCGGCGGCGGCCACCGGAGGCCGCUUCACGUUGGGGCUGUCCGGGGGGAGCCUCGUGGAGCUCCUCAGCCUCCACCUGCCCCCCGCCCUCGAGGCCCGCCCCGCCGCGCCCGCCCGCUGGCUCCUCGCGUUCUGCGACGAGCGCUUGGUGCCUCCGGAGCACCCGGACAGCACCGCCGGUGCCUACCAGGCCCGGCUCCUACCGCGCCUGCCCGGCCCCGGCCCCGGCCCGCGGGUGCUGGCGCCCAGCCCCGGCCUGGCCCCCGCCGCUGCCGCCGCUGACUACGCCGCGAAGCUCCGGCAGGCUUUCCCGGGGGAGGCCGUGCCCGUGUUUGAUUUGCUGCUGCUGGGGGUUGGGCCCGAUGGACACACUUGCUCCCUCUUCCCUGGCCACCCCCUGCUGCAGGAGCAGGAGGCCGUAGUUGCUGCCAUCACCGACUCCCCGAAGCCGCCGCCGGAGCGGAUCACGUUCACGCUGCCGGUGCUCAACGCGGCCAAGGCCGUGGUGUUCGUGGCCACGGGCGAAAGCAAAGCUGCUGUGGUCAAGCGCAUCUUGGAAGGGGAUGAGGAAAACCCCCUUCCCGCUGCUCGGGUCCGGCCUCACUCGGGGCAGCUCUGCUGGCUCCUGGACGAGGCAGCAGCCAAGGAGCUGACAAUCCCGGUGGAGAAUUCCAUCCUAUAGAGCCGAUGGCGGGGGGGGUCAGCUCCGUGACAUUCCAGGUGAGGAACGUGAUAGUUACAGCCCAAAAUGCUGCUUUUUCCCCCUUCCUUUUCUAGACCAAACGGUGCAGGUUCCCGACUCGGAAUUCCUGCAGUUGGGAAUGGUGUCGUGGGCUUUGCUUGGGUUGCGCCCUAUUAAAGGGAUGGAUUCCA